AUGCAGAAUAUUUCUUACGAGUUGGUCGGGAACGGUAGCAAAGGAUUGAGCCAGGGUGCUCUGGUUCACUUCUCAGAAGCUUUUGUAAACAAUUCGACGGACUUAACCAAAACACCCUGGAUCGCUUUGGUUUCGUGCGAUCACAACGAGACAAGUGCCUCUCAAGUAGAUGACAUUUUCACCUUAGCUCGAGACAGGGGAGCAGUUGGCGCUCUUCUGUACUCUCUAUACUCCUACGCCUGUGUUAUCAACCCGGAAUACGCAGAUCCAACCACUUUCGAUCAGGUAUUCGAUAUCUUCUCCACUCAAAGCUUGACGUCUUCACGUCUCAUUGAAUACCAAUUUGGACAACUUGGGUCGAUGAACGAGUCUUUUGCAAAGAUGUACAAUGACUACAACGCUUCCCGUCUAAAUGCUUCGUACGAUAUGGUACAUAACUCCAUUCAAGAUGGCAACGUCUUGACCAACGGCUAUCUCAUUGCUUCUCUGGUUGCGUUCAAUGCCACGGAGACGUCGAACUUCACCCUGGCGAACAAUAACGGCAACGGUCAAAGUGGUAAAAAUGAAAAGCGUUCCACCACAGCUUUGGCUAUGAUCGUCCUGUACGCCAUUACGGGUUGCGUGUCAGCUCUAUUCUGUAUCGUCAUCAUUUCCGGUGCGGUUCGUGCUAUUCGUCACCCGGAACGGUAUGGGCCUCGCGCGCGUAUGGGCGAUAAUGGUGGCAUGUUGCAAAGUCGUGCCAGGGGGCUCACACGCGCCAUUCUCGACACCUUCCCAGUUGUCAAGUUUGGUAGCAAUGAUCAUGCUGAUCAGCCUUCACUCAAAGACGUUGAACAUGCACACUCAUCAACACCCCCUUUGGAGAUGACCUCACGAAUGACGGAAUUUAAGGAGAGUCAAUCACAGAUAGAAAACAACGACAAUUCAUCAAUCACCGCCGUUCGCAAGGAAGUAGACACAGCGCCUCGUCAGGAUGUUGUUAGUGCCAGUGACCAGGCUUCCACCUCUUUCGCCAGACGUUCACCUCAGGACAUUUCUCGCACUUCUCGCGAGGAUGUAGUACCCGAUGCUAUAGGUCGUGAUACCUGUCCAAUAUGCAUCGUAGAUUUUGAGGAAGGUGACGACCUUCGGAUACUCCCCUGUGAAGGCCACCAUCGUUUCCACCAGCAGUGUGUCGAUCCAUGGCUGCUUGAACUAUCAAGCUCAUGUCCAAUCUGUCGACAUGAUUUUCUCGCCUUGGAGAACAUGCUCUCCGGAGAAGAUGAAGAAGACGAAGAAGCUCCUCCUCUUCAAGGUCCUACCGUUGGCAAUACACAUUCUAGGCGAAGUGGGCGAUUUUCACGUUACGUUCGCUCCGCUAUCCAACGUCAUCGACGCCGGAGAGAUGAACAAGUUGUUAGUGCUCCCCCUGUUCCAAGCAUCAAUGCGAUGCCCACCUAA